AUGGAAACAGAACUAAAUUUACCACCGAACAUCUCUCUUAAUCCGCCUGAGAUCCCUUCGAAAUUUUUAGCCCAAAGCUUGUUUCAGGAGCGGAUUGUGGAAAAAGCAAAAAUUAUCCAAGAAGAAGAGUUCGUUGAAAUAGAAUCAAUAGAAUAUCGCGAAAAGCUUGUUGAAAUACCCAAAAUAAUUUAUAAAGACAAGAUUGUUCAUGUCCCAAAGGUUGAAAUACAGGAAAGAAUUAUUGAAGUUCCCAAAAUAGAAGAGCAAGAAAAAGUCAUUGAAGUGCCAGAAAUUAGAUAUGUUGAAAAGAUAGUCGAAGUACCUCAAAAGAUCUUGAAUGAAAAGACGAUAUAUGUACCCAAAAUUGAAAUACAAGAAAGAAUUGUUGAAGUUCCUAAGAUAGUCGUGGAGGAAAAUAUUGUCGAGGUUCCCCAAACUCAAUAUAGAGAAGUUAUUGUUGAGAAAGUCGUAGAAGUACCUCAAGUUCAUCAACAGAUUGUAUGGAAGGAUAUCAUAGUGCCAAAUUUAAAGCCGAGAAUCACUGAAGUUGAUAAAAUAAUAGAUAUCCCUGUAGUACAAGUUAUUGAAAAGCUUGUGCAUUACCCUUUGCCACAGUUCAAAGAGAUAAAAAAAAAUAUCAACAUAACAUUAUCCAGCAUCCGUACAGUUGAAAAGGAGUUCUCAGUAGAGAAGACAACAUAUAUGCCUAUUUCCGUUGACAAGUAUCAAGAGUUCCAGGUGCCUAAAUACAUAAUGAAGGCUGUAGAAGUUCCUGUACCAGUACCAGUAGAAAAAAUCAUUGAGGAGGAAGUCACUGUUCCAAUAUCUGUCGAGAAAGUCGUCCAUGUACCUAGAAUAAUUCAAAGGCAUGUCCCACGUCCUGUGAAUAUUCCAAUUCCAGUUUAUUCAGAUGCACUGAUUCAGUCUAGAGUUGGUUUGAUGCCAUACCAAACAUUUCUAUCUAUAAAUAGCACCUCUGGCUCUUCAAAUAGCCAAGAUAUCUAUAAAGUCAAUAGAUUAUCUACUAAUACCUUUGUAAAUUAG